AUGGGAGAAAUUGAGAGGCUGCGAGAGCAGCUACGGGAAGCGCACCGCCUGCGCGAAGAGGAGCAACGACGACGUGAAGCUGCUGAAGGUCGCGCCCUCGAGGAACAACACCAACGAGAAGAAGAACAGCGCCGACGCGAAGAAGAACAACGUCGACGCGAAGAAGAACAACGUCGACGCGAAGAAGAACAACGUCGACGCGAAGAAGCCGAGAAACGCGCAGACGUAUCGCGACCAUUGACACUCCAACAAUAUCUCGAAACAUGCCAUUCGCUCAGCCUUGCCAUCGAAAUAAUAACCGAUCGUUCCUUGACGACACAAGGAGACACGACAAACCCGACCGGCCGAAUUUAUCCUCGACGAAUUAUCCCGUGGACAACAUUCGCAAGAGAACAAGAAAAAGUCUGGAAUCAGCUUUCAUUCAGUCCCACGUUUUCUUCCCGACCCGCCUUUCCAUCCCGACACCAGCUGGAUUACGUGAGAUCCCUGCUUCGCCCGGUCAGCAGCGAGAUUGGACUCCGAAAUAGCGAGCGAGACGUUGUGGAAAAUGCAGUCCAGAAGCUGAUGGACGCGACACACAACGAUUCAUCGCUGAGGAGUCAUCUCGGCCUCGAUGGAACAGUGACUUUUGAAAGUCACACGAACCUCGGUAUUACCGAUGACUCCCUUUCCGAAUCGAUGGAGCAAGCAUCGAUUGGCUCCAGACCACCCAGCCGAAUGACUCGACGACGAAAGGCACGAGGGAAGGGCAACCGAGGAGAUCAGUUCUGCAUAUACCGGACCUCUGACGAUCAAAAUGUCCCUGUCGUCGCGAUUGAGUAUAAAGCGCCACAUAAGUUGAGACGCGGCGAGAUUGUCACAGGGCUGGUCUCAGAGAUCCAGCCGGAUCGUGAUGUGAUUAACCAGGAGGGUGAGGGAUAUGAAUUUGCAGCGAGGCGACUUGCUACUGCCGUAGUGACCCAGCUCUACUCCUACAUGAUAGGUAAAGGCAUCCAGUUUGGGUAUAUCGAUACCGGAGAGACAUAUGUUUUCCUCCACAUCCCUGACGACCCAUCCUGCGUCUACUACUCCGUCUGCGUGCCAAGCCUAGACGUCCAAGAUGACGACGAGACUCGACUCCAUCGUACUGCUGUUGCGCAAGCCUUUGCCUUUGUGCUUCAGGCCAUCCGAUCGCCGCCGCCCUGUCAAGCCUGGCAUGACGCUGCUGAGCAUCUCGAUACAUGGGCCGUGGAGUAUGAGGACGUAUUGCGGAGCAUCCCGGCAACAGAUCGGAAGCCGCGACGCGAGACUCCUUACAAGGCACAACGGUGGAAAGGCGAGAUGCAGGAGCAUGAUGGAAGCGCAGCCUCACAAGAGGGUACCAUCAUGCGACCAAACAUCCAAGAUCGGCCAUACUGCACGCACGAGUGUCUUCGUGGGCUCGCGUUCGGCGGUUCAAUGGAUGAGAAAUGCCCUAACUUGGCGAAUCAUGGCAACAUGCACAUCACCCUGCGCGAGUUUCUUCGUCUGGCGAAGGUUCAACUAGCAGUUGAUCGUGGGAAGGAUGCUGAUUGCGUGCCACUCUACCUAUCUGGAUCACGGGGAUCCCUCUUCAAAUUCCGUCUCUCGUCCCAUGGCUACACACUUGUGGCGAAAGGAGUAGAGGCCAUGGAUACCAAGCAUCUACGCUACGAAAACAAGAUAUACAGUCAUCUUCAGGACCUCCAGGGGAAGUUUGUUCCGGUUUGUCUCGGUGUUGUGCACCUUAUCAAGCCCUAUUACUACGAUAGCGGCGUGUAUGAAGACUUCAUGUUCCUCAGCUACGGCGGGCGACCAGUCUUGAAAGGUUUGGGAGAAGUCAAUGCAGACAUCGCCAACGAGAUCCUUGCCGCACUCGGUCGGUUGCAUCAGCAUGGAGUCCUCCACCAAGAUGCAGAGCCGCGCAACGUGCUCUACGAUAAACGCACUGGGAGAUGUAUGAUCGUGGAUUUGAUGCUGGCGGAGUUCCAUGGCCGACAACCUCUUGGACCCAUCAACGUCAAUGGUAAAAAUCGGAAGAGGAAAUGGGCGCCAAGAAAGCAUGAGAAGGACGUUUUCGCUAUUGAGGCGCAGUCCUUGCGAGCGAGCCUGACACAAUAG